AUGGCAACCGGAUCUUCACUAUUCUCCCUCCAGGGCGAGACAGCCCUCAUAACCGGCGGAACCAGAGGAAUCGGCCAAUACGUCGCCAUAGGUCUCGCUGAGGCAGGUGCUGAUAUAAUACUAGUUCAGCGCUCCACAGCCUCGACCGAAACCAAACUCGCCAUCGAAAAGCUCGGCCGCAAAGCCCACAUCUACACCGCCGACCUGACCAUCCCCUCCGACGUCUCCCGCAUCGUCCCCUCCGUCCUCGCCGACGGCCACACCAUCACCAUCCUCAUCAACUGCGCCGGCAUCCAGAUCCGGCACCCCCCCGAAGCCUUCCCCGACGCCGACUACCGCGCCGUCAUGGGCGUGAACGCCGACGCCGUCUUCACCCUCACCCGCGACGCCGGCGCCCACAUGCUCUCCCUCCCCCCCUCGCCCGCCACCGGCCGCCGCGGGAGCAUCGUCAACUUCGCGAGCCUGCUGUCCUUCCAGGGCGGGCUCAACGUGCCCGCGUACGCGGCGAGCAAGGGCGCCGUCACGCAGAUGACCAAGGCCUUUGCGAACUCGUGGGCCGGGAGGGGCGUCAACGUCAAUGCGAUUGCGCCGGGGUACAUCGCGACGGAGAUGAACGAGGCGCUGAUCAAGGACGAGGAGAGGGCCGCGAGCAUCAGUGCCAGGAUACCGGCCGGGAGGUGGGGGGACCCUGAGGAUUUUAAGGGGGGCGCGGUUUUCUUGGCGAGCAGGGCCAGCGCGUAUGUUAGUGGGCAUACGUUGGUGGUGGAUGGGGGGUGGAUGGGGAGGUAA